CUGUGACGUGUGGGACUCAUGGCCGUACGUGUGGCUCAGUGACGGAUUGUCUCUUCACUCACAUCGGAUCUGACAUGGGCGCAGCAAGUGGUGGCGAGUCGUGAGUGAAGAGGGACGUGAUGAGCGUCAAUGCCCAGGAGAUUGCUGAAGCCUUGGGCAAGGCCCUCGCCAGCAAGAUGGCCAAGGUACAGGGCACCAACGCUGCAGACAUCACUCAAGCAGUGGUGGCAGCACUCGGCAAUGGAGGGCAGACCAGUGGCUUCUCGUCCAAGCCCAUGACCGACAUGCUCAAGUUCUCGGGCAUAGCGGGGGAGUGGUACGACUUCUACAUGAAGCUGUACGGCCUGAUGACGGCAAGGUCGAUGGAGGCGCUCCUGCCCAUGACCGAGGCAGAAAGGGCCGCAGCACCAGGGCUGUGGGAGGCUGACUCACUGACGCAGGCACUCUCGGCUGGCUCGAAGGACGAGCCCGUCCGCCGCCCCACCAAGCAGCACAGGCCCUCAAGGAGCUCUGGAGCCUGCUGA